ACGAUAGCAGGCCAAACGGCGAGUCCUUGUCAGACCUAAGCUUGUGGCGCGAGACUGAGGCGAAAGUAAUAUCGAGCUCCGGCAGGCAGCAGUACUUUGAUCAAAAAAAUCUUCUUCUUGUGUUCGAGGCAACCUAUCUUGCAAGUAACUUAGUUCCAGCAAAGCCAAAACGGGAAAUCCCACUAGGUUCAUAAGGAGCGCUGCUGCCAAAUAAGUUCGUCGCAAAGGAGUGGAACAAGUGAGACAGCUUGGACGACAUUGGGGGCGCGACAGGUGUAUACGUCGCACUGAUGGAAGGCCGUGCAGCCAUGCGGCCAAGCAUCGCCACCAUCGUGUUGCUAAUAGCAACCGCACUGCUGCUGCUGCUACCACCGCCGGUACCAGCUGACGACGUCGACGAGGUCUUGCGGCAACUUGAUCUAGAGCCUCAUCAGCAGCAGCAGCAGCACGGCGGGAGACAAAAGCGAAGCGUAGGGAGGGGACUGGCCUGUCAUGCGGGAUAUAUAUCGGAUUCUCCCACCGCAUGCUCUACGCUGGGUAGUUUGCUGAUCGCUCUUGCCAAUGUUAAGGACGGAAGCUCAUACGACCUGACGAUUACAACCAUUCCUGAUAACAACCCUACUCCUAAAGUUGUCAAUCUGAAGGCGCAGACGCUGUCAGCCACUUAUCAGCCUGACGCUAUUCCAGCAGGCCUUGCUGCCACAACACAGGUCAUAGUUGCUGUGUUUGCAGUGGGCACUACAACACCUCUCAAUUCCUACAUAAAGGCUGCAGGCUGUAGGUCACCAAAGAUCCCCAACAGCAUCCCUUUCAAUGUUCCGUGCAUGCACGGCGUGAGAGCUCAAGUCUACUGCCUGACCGGCUAUAGCUUGGUCCCGGCUAGACCGGGCGACGGUGGCACUAUGGCGUACCUCAACGGUAUCGGUUGGACGGACAUUCCACGAUGUCAAGCACCUAUGUGCCCACCUCCGGGCCCGGUGGCCAACGGCAGCCUGCAAAUCAACGGUCGCAGUCCCGGCGAUAGCUACACAAUUGCGUGCUCGUCGGGUUACAAGCUCCGCGGCGACUCGAGCACGGUCGUUUGCCGACCAGACGGAUCCUGGGCGCAAAAGAACGCAACCUGUCAAGAAAUCACCUGCAGUUUACCAGCCUAUGUUCCAGACGGCCGGGUGAACUUCACGAGCUUAAGCGAAGGCAGCGUGUACACGGUAACGUGCAACCAGAACUACAGGCUGCCGAGGGGAGUGCCGGCAAAUCCACAGGCGCGGUGUCGCAGUGACGGGACCUGGGAGCCACUGCCAGUCGUGUGUGAACGCGUAACCUGCCCACUGCCUUCCAUCCCGGCUGAUGGCUACCUGACUAUCACGGGGUUAACAGUGUUCAGCACCAGUGACUUGCACUGUGACCGCGGAUACACUGUCCAAGGAAAAUCAAUCAGGGUUUGUCAGCCUGAUGGCACCUGGUCUAAACGAGGAACUUGCCGACCCAAGGCAACUUGUCCGAUCCCAGUACCGUACGUACCCCAUGCUCAACCCGACAUCGGCGGCCAUUUUGAAAGUGACCACUACUCCCUUGCGUGUGAUGCUGGAUUUAAGGCCUCGCUGGGUGAUUAUGGAACUGAUAUAUCUUACUGCGGAUCGGACGGCGCAUGGUCAGUGUUGACCGUCACCUGCAAGCCCGAGUUCUGCCAGUUGCCGACGCAACCAAGCACAGGAGUUAUCGCCGUUGGCAGCCUGGCCAUAGGCGGUACUGCCACCUUGCACUGUCCAGAAUUGUAUACCCCGCGUGGACCCACGCUGAUAACCUGCACUGAGAGCGGUACCUGGGUGCCAAAACCAGGACGGUGUGAAAAGGAAGUCACAUGUCCAAGGCCUUUAGCUAUACCCAAUGGCCAGGUCAAGAUCGAUGGGUUGCUUGUGGGUGACAGAUAUACCAUGGGAUGUGACUGCGGAUUUGUACCCGAACUGGGGUCUAUGGGAACGGCUAGCUCAGCAUGUCAAAGUGAUGGUACUUGGUCACCUCUGACGGCGACAUGCAAACCCAAAUCCUGCCCACUGCCUGUGCCGCCAGCCAAUGGCUACGCUAACGUUCUACACCUGGAUGUUGGCAGUGCGUACGCUCUAGACUGCCUGGAAGGCUAUGCCCUCCGUGGAGCAGGGUAUGUGCGGUGCAGAGCGGACGCCACUUGGGAGCCACAAGGCACAUGCCAACCAUUGCAAGGGCGUAAAAGUUGCCCGAUACCACCCCACGUUGCCAAUGCUGAUCUGGUAGUUGGUGGCGUAACACCCGGCAAUAAGUACUCCGCACAGUGCAGAAGCGGGUACAGCCUCUCAACCGGCGCCGGCAAAGCUGAAGCAACGUGUCUCGGCACCGGCCAUUGGACACCGCUGGCGGGCAGGUGUGAAGCACAACUCCAACCAGCACCAUUGAAAACCUGUCCAACUCCGGUGCAGCCAGACAACGGCCGUAUUGAGUUCAACAACCUGCAGAUAGGUGGUAUGUACACCGUGGAGUGCUCCGCGGGAUACGUUCUCAAUGGAUCUCGACUGGCACACUGCACACAGAAUGGUACCUGGAGUGCAACCCAAGCGACCAGGUGUCAAGUCGAAAGCACUAGUCUUCCACCAACAGAAGCAUUCUCCAACGCAGCCGGCGGCUGGAUCAAACGCCCUGGCAACAUCACCGUCACCGUCUUGAUCUGCGUUGCUGUGGCUCUGGCUAUGCUGGCCGCGUGCACAAUGACGAUUCAUUGCCGACAGAAGCGUCGGGCCAUGUCCACGCCAGUGAUCAGCAGCCAUUCGUCGAGGCAUGUCUCCCCGGACAGGUACAGGAAGCACGGGCAGCAGGCCUACGGAUCUCAGAAGUCGUUCUGCCAGGGCCGACUGGGCUCGGACGAUCCGGAAAACUACAACGGAACUCUGGGCUCGUAUAUCUGGCGUCCGGCCGUCGGCUCGCCUGACUCCAGCUCCACGCGCCACUCAAUGGUGUCGAGGGGUCCGCCGCUGCCCCUGCCGCCGCGGUCUGACUACGCCAACCCCAAGGACCCGACGUAUCUGGACUUAACCAACCCCAAUCUGGACGCUAUUUCCACCGCGUUCAGCUGCGUGAGUCGCAAUCAGGCUGCAGUGAACCGCACUGAGUCUCAGGAGACCUCACUGGGUUUCGAUCCACACGUGUCCGUUCUCUGCUCCAAGGAAGACGACUCCAGCAACGACGAUGCGGGCUACAUGCGCGACGUGGAUGUGGUGGCCGCCCGAAAGAAAGUGCUCUCGAAGUCGUUUAAGAAGGUCAACAAGAGCCCGCCGCUUCCGGAACAGGGAGUGCAGGCCUCGAAAUCCUUGCCGCGGAUCAUGCCAAUGGGUGGCAGCAAAUAAGCCGCCUGACUGUGAAAUGCAAGUGUGACUUGUCGGCUGCAGGGUCCUCUCCCGGAGUGCUGAAGGCCUGAAGCCGGCGAGCAGGUAUAGAGCCGUGUGAAUGGGCCGCCUGAACGCCAUUCGCAAAGCGACGUGCACUCGCUUCUCUGGUCUAUACGAGGCGGCCCGGACAUCGCGGGCGGCGUGGACUAGCACGUCAGUGCCGGUACUGCACGCCGUGUGUAUGCUCGGUGUAACCCGCACUAUAGAGUGAGUGCAGUACGGUCAUGCUUGCAGCACCACAAUAGUCCCUUUCAGACUGUGGCAUUCCUUCCUCAAACUAUUGAUAGGGGGAUUUAAUCCAGUUCUGAUUUUAAUUUCUUUCAACGGUUGGUUCUCCAACGGCCACGGUUGGUUUUACCGCCUUCCCGCUCAUUGGCAACAGCAUGCCUUGGGAUGUGAAAUGAUUACCAUAGAUAAAUACUUUGAAGUAAAUAAUUCAGUAAUUUCGGUAGAGAACGCGCACCGUCGUUUAGCAUACUACCCAGUUUUGAGGUAUAAAGUUAUAAACUAUACUUAGACGUGAAACAAUGCACUAUAUCACACACACACACGCACACACACACACACACACACACGGUUUAGUGUAUGUUACGAGAGAUGCCGAUGGCCUGAUUUUCUACAUGUAGUUCAAAUUCAAGCCUCUUUUGGCGUGACUGUGCAGACCCGAUUGGCAGAAAAAAAUGCUGUCCUGUCUGCUCUAAGUUAGUUGUUCUUCUCUAGCAUGCACGGACCUCAGAGUUGACACUUGUGUGGAGCGGCUACUUACGCUUUACCGGUAUACUGUUCUCAGUGU